UAUUUUGUAAGAGCUCUUCCUUGUAUAGAGGUUACUGGACACGGAUUCUGCUCGACAUCUUGAAGAAGCACAAGGGCAACAGUUCUAUCAAGGUACUGGUUUUUUCUUAGUCAUUUAGAAAACCAAAUGGUUGUUGUUUGCGGUAUUUUAUUACUGGCGGUACAUUGGUGUAGCCAAAAUCACGCUUUAAAUUUAAAAUCUUAUGAUUUUACGUUUUAGGUCAUCAAAAUGUUUUCACGUGUCAUCGUGAUUUUUCCUACUUAAUGUAGUCAAAAUCGAGUUUCAAGUGAGGUAUUUAACCGAUAUAUGUGAUGGUAAGAUUAAGUCAUUUUUUUGGUUCAAUUUUUGAGUUAGUAUACAUGUAUUACCUUUUUCCCGAGCCCACCUAUAAUCACUCAAAAUGAAUGAUUGUCAAUCUCUACAAAAAAGUGAGAUUUUUAACAAGGGAUUGUCUACCUCAUUUUGUGCUCAAUCAUUGUCCCUCCAAACAAAGUAUUUUCUUAAUACAUAGAUUGAAUCAAUACAUCGAAUGACGAUACACAAAUUGAUUCAAUACAUCUAUUUGGAGAAUCUCAACCUUCAAACAUGCCCAAGAUCACCAAAACGCUUACAUCGUACAAUCACUCUUUCGAGUGUAUUGGGUGUAUUAACUAGAUUCAAGCAAUUAGUUUUUUGUUUUUCUGCUGACAGUGACACGUAAUGUUUUGGGUGUUGGUACUUGGAACAUGAAAUUCUGUUGCCGUUGAAUAAUUGUGCAGGAACUGAGUGACAUGACGGCUAUUAAAGCGGAAAACAUAUUGACAACGUUGCACAGCCUUGAACUGAUCCAAUAUAGGAAAUGGCAACAUGUAAUAUGUUCAGAUCCCAAGGUAUUGGAUCGGCACCUAAAAGCCGCUGGCCCUGGAGGCUGGACUGGAGGUCUCGAGGUUGAUAAAGAACAGAGCUAACCUCAAAAGAUGGGAUGGAUACCUGUAGCCAUUCGUGUAAGAAUUAGGUUCGCACCAAGCCGCUCGCAAACAACUCGAUCUUCGUAUAGAAAAGACUCGUUCGACAUUCGACUCGUUAGUAAACGAGCCAAAUUUGAGAUAGACCAUGCUCAGUUUGAUAAGCUCGUGAGCUAGUUUGACUCGGUGACUUGUUGAGCUAAGUUCGCGAGCUGAUUUGUUUAGAGCUUGUGGAAGGACUAAUUACUCUUAUGAAUGUGAAAAUUAUUUUGCUAAUAAGGAUGUUUAUGGAAGUUUGUUGUUAUUUUUAGUUUCUAGUGUUAUUUUUUAUCAUUUUUAGUUUCUAAUGUUCUUAUUUGUACACAUUUUUCAACAAGAAUGGUUUCAAAUCGAGCUCAUCUUGAGUCGAGCUUGUACUCAACUUGACAAGCUAUGUUAAUGAGCAUUACCGAGCUCUAUCGAGCUAGAUUAUUUUAAUCGUGUCGAGCUCGAGCUGAAUGAUCAAAAUUCGAGUUCGAGCUGAAAAUUUUAUAAACGAGCCGAGUUCAAACUAAGCAAAAACUCGACUUGACUCGUUUGCAGACCUAAUUAGAAUAUGUUUAUAUCUAGAUUUGUUGAAGUAUAGAUACUAGGAAGGAAACCUGUAGAUAUGUAUAAAGAGGUGGUUGUAAAUUGUGAUCACAUGUUCAUUGCCAUCUUUAUAGGGUUUUCAGAUCGGUUUAAACCAAAAUCAACUGAUGAGGUGUUCUUAUUGGGGGGUUUCGGUUUCAAAUCAUUUUGUACUUAUAGGUUUUGGUUUGGUUAAAUUCAAAAAAUUGACAAGGAACCGAAAAAAUUCAAAAUCACAACUCUAAUAUACAAACACUCAUUAUUCGAUCCAUUUGGUUCUUAGUAUCUUGAGCCAAAUCGAAUCAUUAAGAGGUUUUAACCAAAUUUUUUUUGUUAACCUUAAUCGUUAAUUCCCUUAAUAAUUCACUUCGAUUUCGAGGACAUGGCUUUUUUAGGUUUGUAUGUAAGCUAGGGUUGUAAAAUCGUACGUACCAUAAGUUGUACUGAAAAAGUCAAUAAUAUAAUAUUUUGUGCUGAAAUAAUGGUUCAACUGUUUCAUACUGCUAAAACCGACUGCAGAUUGAGUUUCGGUAGACGGUUUUUCGGGUGUGGGUAUGAUAUAAUUUUACAGAUACGGUAUGUAACAAGCAUAAUGUUGGCAAAUACGAUGUGUUAAGUUAGCUGCAAUUUGAGGCACGUAUCGAUCCCUUGUGUGUUAGACUAUUAUAGGGGCAGGCACAGGGUCCUUCAGAGAUACUCUAGAACACUUCUAAAAUAUGUGAGAAAAUUAAUGACAGUAUGUACUAGUUUGGGUUUGGGACAGAGGCAUAUCCAUGGUUCUUUAGGGUCCCUUGGGAUACUAACAAAAUUUGGUGCUCUCUUAGUAAUAGUUUGAAAUGAUAAUUAUUUCUUACGCAACAGUUAUAUCAGAAGCAUUGCGUAAGACUUUCGCAAUAACUUAGCACUUUACGUAACACGAGAUUAAUAUCAUUACGUAAAAGGACCUUCUAUUACGAAGGCUUCCGUAAUAACACUUCACAACUGUUGCGUAACUUACACAUUCAUUAAGUAAAGGUUACUUAAUGAUAGUUAUUUCUUACGUAAUAGUUAAAACAGAAGUAUUACGUAAGGCUUUCGCAAUGACUUAUCACUUUACGUAGCACGAGAUUAGUAUUCAUUACGUAAGGCUUCCAUAAUAAACUUUUACAACUGUUACGUAAGAUAAGCACACUUUACGUAACCAUUACGUAAUGACUAUUGUAUUUUACGUAAUGUGACCUGUGAAACCUGCUAUAUCAGGUAAAAAAAAUAAAGUUAUCUUACUUCAAGGUAUUGUGGGAAAUUUCAUUAUUGUUAUGACUAAAACAUAGAUAUGAUCUAAGGGGUUGUUUGAAAGAGGAAAUAUAAUGGAAUAAUUUGACCUAACUGUCUCGUUUUUUAAAUAAUUGGAUCAAAAUGACCUGUUUGCCAACAAAAAAUUUGGAUGGAUCAAUUUGGACCGGUACAUUUUAAAUUGACUAGUUUCCAGUCAAUUUUAAUUGUCUUUGAUGGGGCAGAUAAUUCAAAUUGCCUCAUUAUAAAUUACUUGUUUUAUAAAGUGAGACAAUUAACCAAAGUAUCAUGCUUAUGAAUUGAUCUAUCUAAACGACCCAAAAAAGCCCCAUUAAAGCCUAAUUUCCACAAUUUUUUCACUAAACACUAAAAACUAAAUUUCCAAUUCAAUUCCACGCCCUUCUUAUAUUAACUAAACUUUUUUUUUAACAUAGACAAACAAUAGUUUGUUCAUUCACAUAGUUAGAAAACCAAAUCACCACAUGCGAAAGUCGACCAAUAGUCGAACUUCCGAUUAGAGAGUCUGUUUAACCACAAGAUGGAAAACUCUGUAAAACGGCGAGGAGCUAAAGAACAAGGACAUAAGUCAAAGUUUCAAGCCAGUCGCUGAACAUCUUCCAAUAAAACUCCACCCAAAGCAUGUGUUGCUUCUCCUAGGGGCGGGAAACAAUUCGGUUGCGGUUAACUGCACCGAAUAAGUGCGGUUAACCGCCACCGCGAAAACCACCCACCCGUUACUGCAAUGUAAAUGGUUUGCGGUUAACCACUAAUCGCAAAUCACAGUUAGCGAUUAACUGCACUUUAAACCGCACACCGCAUGGUUUGCACUUUGCGAUGCUGCUCGAGCUCGACGGACGACAAUGCCGCGACGCCUCCUCCUCUAUCGCUCGUGCUUUGCUCUGCUUCUCGACGGUCGACGGAAGGGGACGCCUGCUCGACAGAUCAUCUGCUCAUGAACGCUGUCGGUGGAGCUGGACUGGAUGCUCGGUGCUCAGCUACUCGGUGCUCGCUGGACGUUGCUCGUUGCUCGCUGGCCGCUGCUCGUUGCUCGCUAGCCGUUGCUUUUCCUCUUUGCCAACGAAGCAAGGAAUGGAACCCUAGGCGGCCGAUUUUGGAACUGUCGAAAGGAAUGUAACCCUAGGCAGUAGAUUUUGCUAUUUUGGAACUUGGAAGUUUGGCCGUUUGGGGCUUUGGGCUGGAGAGUGGAGAGGAUUUGCAUUUUGGGCUGUUGGAUGGGUUGGGCCUAGACUGGGCAUACUCUUAUGCCGUUAGUUAUUGGGUGGGGUUAUUUGUUUGGUGCGGUGUGCGGUUAGUCCACAAACCGAACAAACACCCGUUUAAACGGUUUGCGGUUAACAACAAACCGCUCUUAUUCGAUGCCAUUGUGGUUUAACCGCAAAACCGCAACCAUUUUCCCACCCCUUCUUUCUCCCAUCCAGGCCCAUUGUAUCACCAAUUGAGAGUACCAUAGAAUUUAACAGCCAAAAACCCCGAAUUAGCCACCAAUUCAUCGCCCUGUCAUAUUCGAGCUAGCAUAGACAAUCAAUUUCCAAUCUUCUACGAGAUUCUUUUGAAAGCUUCUUUUUCUCUGCCAUCAUAAAACUUACCAAACGCAAAUGCAAUCGCACUAUUCUAAUCAAAGCCAACAAUUUCGUGCUCCCACCAACACCAUGUUUGACCGAGCCAUCAAAACGCACCAGAAUGGCAUGUGGUGGUGCCUGAGCACCUCCAUUUAAUCUGGUGAAGAGAAAACUUGGAUGUCUCAGCUUGUCCGUCACCAUGGCUCCCCCAUGCACUAGAAGAAGGACCUGCUGCUUGUUGAUUGGAGUCAGAGAUGGCAGUUCGCCAUUCCUCCACCCUAGCCUAAAUUUUGUUUAGAGUGAGUCCAUUUAAAAAAAAAAUUACAAUAAAGUAGUUUUGUUAGCUUUCUAAAUCAUUCAUGAUAUAAUUUUGUAUUUACAGAAAUAUGGUAAAUUAAAUAUAUGUCGAAACUAUCAAGAAUAUCACUUCAUAUGUAUCGAUCAAUUAUUUAUGAUUUAGUUAGACAUUUGCUUUUGAAUGGUGUUCUUUGUCAGGACGGUUUAACAUCAAUAACUCGCAUUGUUGGGUUAGAUUUAAUAACGGAUCCUAUAGUAUUUAGUAUUUACUAACAUAUUGGGUUGCCAAAAUUCAGAAAACAUGAUCUCUUGGUCAACCAUUCUCUAUUAGAAAUGCCCUAAAUUUCAUUCUUAGUUAACUAUUAUACUAAUUUAUUCAUUUUCGUCCUUUGGAGCCACCCUUUGCACUCUCCCAAUCCUUGAUUGGAAUAAAAUUAUUUUUACAAA